AUGAAAGGUAGCGGCAGCGGCAGUAAAGAAACCGCAGCGGCGGCGGGCGCCGGCUCGUCGCGGCCUCGCAUGCUGUCGUGCGGCGAGACGGGCGGCGGGGCGCGCGCGCGGCGCUACGUGGGGCUGUACACGGGGCCGUACUUCGACCCCUCCGCGCCCAACAACAUCACGGCGCAGCUCGGCACGCACGCUUAUCUGCCCUGCAAGGUGCGGCAGCUGAGCAACAAGUCGGUGUCGUGGAUCCGGCGCCGUGACGCGCACAUCCUCACGGUGGACCGCUUCACCUUCAUCGCGGACGAGCGGUUCCAGGCCUUCCUUGUCGAGGCCACCGACACCUGGACGCUGCAGGUGAAGUACGUGCAGGCGCGCGACGCCGGCGUGUACGAGUGCCAGGUGGGCACCGAGCCCAAGAUGAGCCACUUCGUUCAGCUCAACGUUGUCGUGCCAAAGAUCGAGAUCGUGGGCGAGGCGGACCUGUACGUGAAGGCGGGCAGCACGGUGAGCCUCAAGUGCGUGAUCACGCAGGCGCUGGAGGAGCCGGCCUACAUCUUCUGGUACCACAACGACGAGCGCGUGCUCAACUACGACCGCAGCCUCGUGGAGAUCCGCAUGGAGCGCCUGGCGCCCGACACCACGAUCGGGAACCUGAUAAUCUACAACCCGCGGCGCGAGGACUCCGGCAACUACUCGUGUUCGCCCUCCAACCUCGACUCCGCGUCCGUCGUGCUGCACGUGCUCAGCGGCGAGCAGCCGGCGGCCAUGCAGCACGGCAACGGCGCGGCCUCGGCCCGCGCGCCCGCGCUCGCGCUGCCCGCUGCACUCGCGCUGCCGCCCGUGCUGGCCGCCCUCCGCCCCGCCCUCCGCGCCGCCCUCCGCGCCGCCCGCCCCGCGCGCCUGCUGGCGCUGCUCGCACUCGCGCUGCUGCUACCGUUGCAGUGCCACGACGAGGACUCACCUAAAUAG